AUGGGCGAAGAUUUAACAUUGAACGAAUAUGAAAAACAACGACUUGAAAAUAUUCGUCGAAAUGAAGAAAUUCUUAGACAACUAAACAUUCCGGAACUUGCUCAUAAAAAACCAACUCAACCUACACGUCAAUCUUUACGUAUACGCGGUUUUACUCCUGAUGGAAUUGAGGCUAAAAGGAAAGCUGAACAAGACGAAAAAAGACUAGAAGGAGAAAAACGCGUUAGAAUGAUGGGAGAUCUUGAUUUAAAUUCUAUUCGAUCAGAUAUGACGUCUAUUGAUGAUACCAAUGAUUUUGUUGAUAUUUUAUCAAAUUUAACAAAAUCCAGCUUGAGUGAAGAUCGUAAAAGUAUUUCAGAUGAUAUUGAUUAUAGUUGUAUUGCGGGAGGAGUGGAUGGUUUUAAAGCUGCUCGAAUGGCUUAUGGAUCGCUUGCCAUUGGAGAGAAAUGGUCAUCAGUUAAAGUUACUCCAGAGAGAAUUUAUUGUGUUGCUAUUCAUCCUGCUAAGGAGAAAGUGCUGGUUGCUGCUGGCGAUAAAACUGGAUGGCUUGGAUUUUGGGACGUUAAAGAAAGUAUUAAAUCCGAAGAUGAAGAUGAAGAAGAUCAACCAAGAACCUAUUUGUUUCAAGCUCACACCAAAACCAUAACAUCUACAAUGUAUUCACCUACUAAUUCUAAUAAUCUUUACACGUGUUCAUAUGAUGGAUCUAUUCGAUCCUUUGAUUUUAAUCAAGCAAAAUUUGUGGAAGCUUUUGUAUAUUCAGAAUCUAGACAUGAUUAUUUUUUGUCCAGUAUGGAUAUGGAUCCUAACGGUCAGAUAAUCUAUUUAUCUACGAAUCAUGGUAAAUUUGGAAUAAAAGAUACCCGUGAACCGAUAGAAACAUUUACGGAAUAUAAAUUACAUGAUCAUAAAAUUGGAUGUAUUUCGAUCAAUAAAAUUCAACCUCAAUAUCUUGUCACAUCAUCUUUGGACAGAACUAUGUGUCUUUGGGACAUUCGUAAAUUGGAUUCUAAAGAAUCAAUCGAAAUUCAAAAAAUUCAGUUUAGCAAUGCAGUUACCAGUGCUUAUUGGAGUCCAAAUGGUAAUCAAGUUGUAUCAUCCAGCUUUGAUGACACGGUGAAAGUGUUUGAUUUUAACGAGCAAAGUAACUUAUCAACAAGACACCAAAUUCCUCAUAACAACAGAACGGGAAGGUGGGUUACUAUGUUUCGCGCAAUUUGGAAUCCGAACCAAAAUGUGCAUCCACAUUUUAUCAUUGGAAACAUGGGAAGAGCUGCAGACAUAAUGUCUGGAAUAACCGCGGUUAAUGCUUUUCACCCAAAUCUUAAUCUAAUCAUGAGUGGAAAUGCUUCAGGAAGGAUGGUUUCUUGGGGUUAG